AUGUCUGUACCAAAAGCAGUAACCCCGAGCUACACUCGGGCUUACCAUGCGGUGCUGCAUAGGGAGUCCCUGCAGCACUUACCUUGUCCUUCGCUCCCGCGAUGUGUCCCCUGCAGCAUCCCCAGCCAUCUCCUCCGUCUGAUGCCGGCAUCCGGCUCCUGUGUUCCGGUCCCUGUGACAUCGGGACGUACGGGCGCCGCCGGCGGCGGGAAAAAUUAAAAAAUUUUAAAAAAAUGACAUUUUUUUCAAAACGAUUUUACAUAUGCUUUGUCCUGUGCCCUGCCUGUAUUUUGACUGUUCUUUCUG